AAAAUCCGUUUUCCCGCCUUAAAGCUCCCCCAAUUGGGAUUAAUUUAUCAUCCCACAUCUUCAAAGUUCAAACAAAAAAGCUUUUUUCUUUCUCUAAUUAUUCUUCAGUAAACAGUAGGGGUUUUGAUCUCCAAAGCCCUAUUUUACUUUUCAUUUCUAGGGUUUUGAUUUUCUCUCUGGGAACUCCUAGCUCUCAGUGACCAUGCAUGUCAAAGAAAUUUGCUUGGAAGGGUUCAAGUCAUAUGCAACAAGAACAGUCGUCUCGGGUUUCGAUCCGUUUUUCAAUGCAAUAACAGGUUUGAAUGGGUCCGGGAAAUCCAAUAUUUUGGACUCUAUUUGCUUUGUUUUAGGGAUUACGAAUUUGCAGCAGGUUAGGGCUUCUAAUCUGCAGGAGUUGGUGUACAAGCAAGGCCAAGCUGGAAUUACUAAAGCUACUGUGUCCGUUGUGUUUGAUAAUUCGGACCGCAGUCGAAGUCCUUUGGGAUAUGAAGAUUGUGCCGAGAUCACUGUUACCCGUCAGAUUGUAGUUGGUGGAAGGAACAAAUAUCUGAUCAACGGGCACCUUGCACAGCCAAAUCGAGUUCAGAAUCUUUUUCACUCUGUGCAGCUAAAUGUAAACAAUCCACACUUUCUUAUUAUGCAAGGGCGCAUAACAAAAGUCUUGAACAUGAAACCUCCUGAAAUCUUGUCUAUGCUUGAAGAAGCCGCUGGUACAAGAAUGUACGAGACAAAGAAAGAAGCUGCCCUCAAAACUCUUGAAAAGAAACAAAGUAAAGUUGAUGAUAUUGACAAGCUCUUAGAUCAGGAAAUUCUUCCUGCUUUGGAGAAGUUGAGGAAAGAGAGGAUGCAGUAUAUGCAAUGGGCGAAUGGAAAUGCAGAAUUGGACAGACUUAAACGGUUUUGCAUUGCCUAUGAGUAUGUUCAAGCUGAAAAAGUUAUGGCUGAUGCCAUACAGGGUUUAGAAGGUAUGAAGUCUAAGAUUACUGAAAUUGAUAGUAAUGUGGGAAAGAUGCAGGAAGAGAUACAGGAAAUGGAAAAGAGAGCAUCAGAAUUGCAAGCUGAGAAAGAUGCAAAUAUGGGUGGGGAGAUGAAGCUUUUGACUGAAAAGGUUGAUGCUCUUUCAUGUGAUGUGGUGAAGGAAACAUCCUUCUUAAAAAAUCAAGAGGACAUUCUAAAAACUGAGAAAAAAAAUUGUGUAAAGAUUAAGAAAAAUCUCGAAGAAUUGAAGCAAUCAGCAGAAGAAAAGGUAGCUGCUGUAAGUAAGGCUGAAGAAGGAGCAUCAGACCUCAAGAAAAGAGCUGAGGAACUUUCUAUUAGUCUUGAAGCACAUGAAAAGGAGUACCAGGGUGUGUUGGCCGGUAAGAGUAGUGGGAAUGAGGAGAAAUGCCUUGAAGAACAACUAGCCGAUGCCAAAGUAGAAGUUGGAAAUGCUGAAACAGAACUGAAACAGUUGCAAACAAAAGUAAACCAUUGUGAGAAAGAGCUAAAAGAGAAGAAAACCCAGCUAUUAUCAAAGCGUGAAGAAGCUGCUGCAGUGGAAAAUGAGCUUAACAAUGGGAAGAAGCAAGUGGAAAAGCUUCAAAAAGCUUUGGAAUCUCUUUCAUUCAAAGAGGAGCAGAUGGAUUUAUUACAAAGUGAUCGUGGCAUUGAAGUAGAGGCUAUACAAAAGUUAAAAGAUGAAAUACGCGUUCUUUCCUCUCGUCUGUCCAAUAUUGACUUCACAUAUAGUGACCCAGUGAAGAAUUUUAAUAGAUCAAAGGUGAAAGGCGUUGUCGCGAAACUCAUUAAAGUGAAGAAUAGUUCUGCAAUGACUGCGCUAGAGGUAGCUGCUGGAGGGAAGUUGUUUAAUAUUGUGGUAGACACAGAAGAUACAGGAAAACAACUUCUACAAAAAGGCGGUCUUAGGAAGAGAGUGACUAUUAUACCCUUAAACAAAAUUCAAACUUAUCCUGUUCCACCAAGACAUCAAAAUGCUGCUGCUAGACUAGUUGGGAAGGGCAACGCUGAAGUGGCAAUUUCUCUAGUUGGAUAUGAUGAAGAACUCAAAAGUGCAAUGGAGUACGUAUUUGGUUCAACAUUUGUUUGCAAAACUGUUGAUGCGGCACGAGAGGUUGCUUUUAGCCGAGAGGUUGGAAUAACCAGCGUGACACUUGAAGGUGAUAUUUUUCAGCCUAGCGGACUUUUAACUGGCGGAAGUCGAAGGGGUGGUGGUGAUUUAUUGAGACAACUUCAUUCUUUGGCAGAGGCCCAAUCAAAACUUUCUAUUCAUCAAAAUCGUCUCUCUGAAAUUGAUGCCAAGAUUAAUCAGCUCAUUCCCCUUCAAAGAAAAUUCAAAGAUCUUAAGGCUCAGUUGGAACUUGCAUCUUAUGAUCUAUCUUUGUCCCAGAGCAGGGCCGAACAAAAUGAGCAUCACAAGCUUGGUGAACUUGUAAAAAAGAUAGAGCAGGAGCUUGGAGAAGCAAAAUCAGGUGUUGAAGAGAAAAAACUUGUCUACGAAAGCUGUCUGGCGAAAGUGUCAUGUCUUGAAAAGUCAAUUCAUGACCAUGCUGGUAAUAGGGAGAGCAGACUGAAAGAUCUAGAAAAUAAGGUUAAGACUAUAAAACGUCAGAUGCAGUCUUCACUGAAGGACCUAAAGGGGCAUGACAAUGAAAAGGAGAGACUUAUAAUGGAGAUGGAAGCUGUCAAACAGGAACAUGCAUCCCUUGAGAGUCAGUUAGUUUCUCUGAACAAACAGAUUGAUGAUCUUGCAUCUGAAGUGGAUUCCCAAAAGGCAAAGCUUGUUUCUUUGAAACAUGAUGCUGGCCUUGCGCAGUCAGAACUUAACACAGCUCGUUUGAAGAUCAAGGAAUGUGAUUCUCAAAUCUCAAGCAUUCUCAAGGAGCAGCAGCAACUUCAGAAUAAAAUUAGUGAAACCAAUCUUGAGAAGAAGAAAAUGGAAAAUGAGGUGAAGCGCAUGGAGAUGGAACAAAAAGAUUGUUCCUUGAAAGUUGAGAAGUUAAUAGAAAAACAUUCUUGGAUUGCAUCUGAGAAGCAACUGUUUGGAAGAAGUGGUACUGAUUAUGAUUUUGGAUCUCGUGAUCCUCGCGAUGCAAGAGAGAAUUUUGAAAAGCUUCAAGCUGAUCAGUCAGGGCUUGAGAAGAGAGUGAAUAAGAAGGUUAUGUCGAUGUUUGAAAAAGCUGAGGAUGAGUACAAUGACUUAAUGUCAAAGAAGAAUAUUAUUGAGAAUGACAAAUCAAAAAUUAAAAAGGUGAUUGAAGAGCUUGAUGAGAAGAAGAAGGAAACGCUUAAAGUUACUUGGGAAAAAGUUAACAGAGAUUUUGGAUCCAUAUUUUCUACUUUAUUACCUGGCACAAUGGCAAAGUUGGAUCCACCUGAAGGAGGCAGCUUCUUAGAUGGCUUGGAGGUUCGUGUUGCAUUUGGAUCAGUUUGGAAACAAUCACUAUCUGAGCUUAGUGGUGGGCAGAGAUCUCUACUUGCACUCUCUCUCAUUCUGGCUUUGCUUCUUUUCAAGCCUGCCCCACUUUAUAUCCUGGACGAGGUUGAUGCAGCUCUUGACUUAAGUCAUACACAGAACAUUGGAAGAAUGAUCAAGAGUCAUUUUCCACAUUCUCAGUUUAUUGUUGUAUCGUUGAAAGAGGGUAUGUUUAACAAUGCAAAUGUUCUCUUCCGGACAAAAUUUGUGGAUGGUGUCUCAACAGUGCAGAGAACAGUUGCAGCUAAAAACAAAUGAUUUCACGAUACGAUACUUGGGGGCAUGUGUAUAUUCUUAUUUCCCUCCAAUAUGUAGAAAUUCUUAUCCCUAAUGCAUUCUAAUCAUCUUGUUUGUAUGAUGUACUCUCCCCUAUAGGCUCUCUUAUCUGUGUUUUAACCUUGUCUAACACCGUGCCAUUUCUGCUUUAAGUUAGCAUCUGUGACUAAUUUUGGCUUAUUUCUGUAUCAUUUAUUUUUGCUGGUGGCAUUUGGUUAUGGCAAGUAUUUUUUAGCUUUAUCAUAAGA